UUUUAUCUGCAAAAUCAAAUUCAGUAGGAGCAGAAACUAAGUGGAGAACUUCCAAGGAUGGCAACCCUCCAGAUCUUUAUGGCAGGUUUAUGAGUGCACUGUACAACUUGCUUGAUGGAUCUGCAGAUAAUGCAAAAUUUGAGGAUGAGUGCCGAGCUAUUAUUGGAAAUCAGUCGUACUUCUUAUUCACAUUGGACAAGUUAAUAUAUAAAUUUGUUAAACAGCUUCAAACGGUUGCAACUGAUGAGAUGGACAAUAAGCUUCUUCAGUUAUAUGAAUAUGAAAAGUCUCGGAAAAAAGGGAAGCUAAUUGAUUCUGUCUAUUUUGAAAACACACGUGUCCUUGUUCACGAGAACAUUUACAGAUUGGAAUUCUUCUCUGCACCCUCCCGGCUGUCCAUCCAGCUGAUGGACAGCGUGAGUGAAAAGCCUGAGGCGUCGGCAGUUUCUAUGGAACCUAAUUUUUCAUCUUAUCUGCACAAUGAUUUCCUGUCACUUUAUCCUGGCAAAAAGGAGCCACAUGGAAUUACCCUGCAGAGAAACAAGCGCAAAUAUGCAGGGCAAGAUGAAUCCACUGCGUUUUCCAAUGCCAUGGAGGAUGUUCAAUUAGUCAAUGGGUUGGAGUGUAAAAUAGCUUGCAACUCAUCCAAGAUCUCUUAUGUUCUCGACACAGAAGAUUACUUCUUCCGUAUGAGAAGGAAAAGGAGAAAGAGUCCAGAUCACCAUAUUGUGAUCAGACGAGGGUACAGCGGUUCCACAAAUUCUUGUCCGUCUCAUAAUAGCUUAGAAUUCCUUUGAGAUUGGACGCUCAAGAAGCCAUAGUCGCAGUGAAACAAAAAAGACUUCCUUGAGGUGACAUCUACUUGAUUUCCGACAGACUGGAGAAAGAGAAUGGCCUGGACAUGUAGCUUGUUGUGGUCAGAAGAGUGGCCUAUGGCUCAUUGUUGUGUAUAUAAAGUUGGUGUAUGAUAAUUCCGUAGAAAAGGUACUGUUGUUGAUCUUGUCGUAGAUAGGACCUUUCAUAAACACACCAAGUGUAACAGACAUUGGUGAGAUAGCAGAAAAGCCCCGAGUUUUAACGACCCCAAAGUGCUCGUACCUUUAUAUACAAGUCAGCUUCAUACCCAGCAAAAUUUGCAGGCAUUUCUGCAUCACUAUUCUUUUUGCACGAGAAAGUUGUUUUUGCAUAUCAGGUUAUUUAAGUUCCAAUGUAAAAUAGUGUAACAGUAUUGUAACAUUAGUAGCUUACAACUCUACUCAGUUCUUCAUUUAAUAAUAUAUUGUUCUGCUUUGGAAAAA